UACUCCUGUCACCAUUUCUCUUUUUCUUCUUAUAGAUAAUGAUUUAACUGACGGUGUUUCCAGUUUAGCUUUGGCCACCAAGAAGCUCAAAACCAAAUUCUUGGCUUAGGCAAAGCAACUGCGUCAAACUUCCAAAUAGCAAGAACGAGAGCAUGUAUGGAGCGAGAACAUAUCCAGAUGCCAUAUGUUCUUUAAACGGAUCAUCUGUUGAUCCUUGGUGGCAGCUCUGUGGGGAAGGCAAGUGAAGCUGAAGCUGAGCCAGUUGCUCCAGAAUGAACCGCAGCUCUGGAAAGGGGAAGUAGAAGCCCAGCUGGUUCUGCCAUGGCCUGCGAACCACAGAUGGACCCCGGUGGGCUGGCUGGCCCUUUGCCCACCUCCUCCGCUGGCUGGAAUGCCCUGCCUGGGGGGAGCCCUCCUGGCUGGGGACAAGAACUCCACAAUGGCCAGGUCCUCACAGUUCUCCGGAUCGACAAUACCUGUGCACCCAUCUCCUUCGACCUAGGAGCUGCAGAAGAACAACUCCAGACCUGGGGCAUUCAGGUCCCGGUUGACCAGUAUCGGAGCUUGGCUGAGAGUGCCCUGCUGGAGCCUCAAGUGAGAAGAUACAUCAUCUACAACUCCAGGCCCGUGCGGCUGGCCUUCGCUGUGGUUUUCUACGUGGUGGUGUGGGCCAACAUCUAUUCCACCAGCCAGAUGUUUGCCCUGGGCAGCCACUGGGCGGGCGUGCUGCUCGUGACCCUGGCCGCGGUGAGCCUGACCCUGACCCUCGUGCUGGUCUUUGAGAGACACCAGAGGAAGGCCAACACCAACACAGACCUAAGGCUGGCAGCUGCCAACGGAGCCCUUCUGAGACACCGGGUGCUGCUGGGAGUGACAGACACGGUGGAAGGAUGCCAAAGUGUGAUCCAGCUCUGGUUUGUCUACUUCGACCUAGAGAGCUGUGUGCAGUUUUUAACUGACCAUGUUCGAGAAAUGAAGAUUAGCCAAGAGUCCUUGCUGAGAAGCAGAUUAAGCCAGUUGUGUGUUGUCAUGGAGACUGGGGUGAGCCCAGCUGCACCAGCAGAGGAGCCUGACAACCUGGAAGAGACGCCUCUCCUGCCCAGCAGUCCUGACCCCAGUGAGAGACCACUCAUGCAAACUGAGCUUUACCAGCUCGUUCCUGAGGCUGAGCCAGAGGAAAUGGCCCGGCAGUUGGUGGCAGUGUUUGGCGGCUACUACAUCCGGCUCCUUGUGACAUCCCAGCUCCCCCAGGCAAUGGGAACACGACACACGGACUCUCCGAUGGUCCCAUGCCCCUGCCAGCUCAUAGAAGCCCACAUCCUGGGCACAGAGUGCUGCCCUUUCUUGGCCAGGUGACUAGAGAUGAAGUUGUUCAUCUUCCUCCGGAGUCCAGGAUGGCUGAUGGAGAACCCUAGGUGGGGAGAGAAGCAUCCAGGGCACUCCAAAGGGUGUCAGUCAUGUCAGCAAGAGGACUGUCAUGCUCACUCCAGAGCCCUGCACAAAAUUGCCUUGUCGACAUCUUGUACUGACCCUGGGCUUCACAGAAGCUCCUGGCUGUGGAGCUGCUCUUAUCCCAAGCCAGUGUCAGUGCUGCUUAGACUCAUGGACACGGAU